GAACUGUGAACACUGUGAACAAUUGACCUGCAAUACAAUCAAGAGCUCACUCCAUGGAAUAUAUCAAUUGAAUCUGUCGACAUACCUGCCAAAUGGCUUCCUCGCCAGUAUCCUACCGCCCCCGACAGAAAAAGAAGCUCCCAACAACCUUCUCCGGCUCCAGCAAUAAUGACUUGAUCCUCAACGCCGGCUCAUCGCAUGCAGCUCCUGCUUUCCCGCUGGUUUCUUUCAUGUGGUUUGCUCGCGGCGCAACUUCGCAAUGGCUUAUACUUCCGUUGAUUCUUAUGGUGGUUGGAUUGUUUCGAUGGGCUGUGAGUUUGUGGGGGUAUUCAGGAUUCAAUACGCCUCCAUUACACGGCGACUUUGAAGCGCAGAGACAUUGGAUGGAGUUGACUAUUCAUCUGCCGCUCACGAAAUGGUAUUUUUAUGACUUGCAAUACUGGGGGCUUGAUUAUCCGCCAUUGACGGCGUAUCAUAGCUGGUUAUUGGGAAAGAUUGGCUCACUGAUUGAGCCGUCUUUCUUCGCUCUCGAUACCUCGCGGGGUAUUGAGGACCCCCUUCUCAAGCUCUAUAUGCGCGCCACCGUUAUCGUAUCGGAGUAUCUUGUCUAUAUCCCCGCCGUCGUGUUAUUUGCGCGUCGUUAUGGUCGACUUCUUGGGGUACCGAUGUGGUCAACUUCAAUUGCUCUGGUCGCUAUUUUGAUGCAGCCGGGAAAUAUACUCGUUGAUCACGGUCAUUUCCAGUACAAUACUGUUAUGCUCGGUCUUGUGGUCGCCAGUGUUGAGAGUAUACUCACUGGUCGACUUCCGUUGGCAUGCGGCUUUUUCGUUGCGGCAUUGUGCUUCAAGCAGAUGGCACUCUACUAUGCACCCAUUAUGUUCUCGUUCCUUUUGGGAAGUUGUGUCUUCCCUCGCAUACGAAUCGGACGAUUCUUACUGAUAGCUUUGUCGACUGUGGCUGCUUUUGCUCUUAUACUUGUACCAUUAAUUGCUGCAUUGCUGAAUGAUUGGACUCAUGGCACCCCAUUGCCUGGGACAUCACCGACUCUCCUCGCAAAUAUUCCUAUUGAGCUCGAUGAAAAAGCAUGGUACUAUGCUCCAUUACUUCAACUCGGCCAACUUAUCCAUCGCAUAUUUCCAUUCGCACGAGGACUGUUUGAAGACAAAGUUGCAAACGCCUGGUGUGCUAUCCACACAUUCUACAAACUCCAUCGGUUCCCAUCAUCAUUAUUACAGCGUGCCUCACUUGCUGCCACUUUGGCAUCAAUCUCAAUCCCCUGUCUCGUCAUCUUCCGCUACCCUCGACCACAAUUCCUACUACUUGCUUUGAGUAGCUCUGCCUGGGGAUUCUUCCUGUUCUCUUUCCAGGUCCAUGAAAAGAGUGUUCUACUACCUCUCCUCCCCAUGACCCUCCUCCUCGCCGGUGACGGAGGCCUCAACAAAGCCAAUCGCGCCUGGAUCGGUUGGGCCAAUAUCCUCGGCGCAUGGACCCUUUAUCCACUAUUAAAACGCGAAGAACUCCGCAUCCCUUAUUUUGUCAUCACUUUACUAUGGGCGUACCUGUUAGGUCUGUUUCCAACGUCAAUUGAGAUAUUCAGAUCGAGGAAUAUUACCACUACCACCAAAGAGGCCACGGUGCGAGGACCCACAAUUCUGGUCCAUUUUAUCUUUUACCUGAGUAUGAUUGGAUGGCAUCUUGUUGAAGCAUUUGUGCCACCACCAGUCGAUAAGCCAGAUUUGUGGGUGGUGCUAAAUGUGCUUAUAGGCGCGAGUGGAUUCGCGUUAGCGUACCUGUGGACGACAGGUAAUCUUGUUGUGCAGGCUUAUAGAUUGAAUGGGAGACCGAGUGGGAAUGUGAAGAAGAUUCAAUAGGUCUCCCAUUGCUUGUGUUGAUACCAAGUUAGAAAUUUAAAAAGUGACAAUGAUUCUUCUACUAUAGUACAUAUAUAUAUACAAGUAUUUAUUCCCAUCCAUGAACGCCCAUAUCAAUCAAUCAGAGAGGAGUCUCCUAAAGGAUUCCACGAGCCAAAAGCCGUAAUGAUAAUGCUGUAUAUGCAACUGACAUCCCCUUCCAUCCGGAAUACAUAUUUCUUCCUCCCCUGGAUUUGAAUGUGCUUGCUUCAAGAAUCAAAUCUUGAACCCAUAUCCAGCCAUACAAGCCUUAUAUUGCUCAACCAAAGGUUUACAAUCCGUCUGCGCUGGAUCAUCAGCUUUGGAGAAGAGCAUGCAAUCAUCUCGAGCGGUUU